AUGUCGCGUCCACAGGACGACAGGAAUCAGGAAGCAACCGUGUAUUUGGGAAAUCUCGAUGAACGUUGUACAGAUGCGCUAGUAUGGGAACUUAUGUUACAAGCCGGUCCCGUUGUGAACGUACAUCUUCCCAAGGAUCGAAUAUCAAUGGCUCAUCAAGGCUACGGCUUUUGUGAGUUCUUGACAGAAGAGGACGCAGAAUAUGCCUGUAAGAUUAUGAACCAGAUUAAAUUAUGGGGCAAGCCCAUUCGGGUUAACAAGGCGUCCUCGGAUAAGAAGCAACUUGACGUUGGAGCCAAUUUGCUGCUGUACGACACCUUUAGCGCUUUUGGUAUGAUGGCAACGACUGCAAAGAUUGCUCGAGAUCCAGGUACAGGCACGUCGAAGGGAUACGGAUUCGUCUCGUAUACAGAUUUCGAAGCAUCCGAUGCAGCCGUUGAAUCAAUGAACGGCCAAUUCCUGAUGAACAAGGCGAUAACCGUGCAGUACGCUUUCAAAAAGGACGGCAAAGGGGAGCGUCACGGCACAUCUGCCGAGCGUUUACUGGCAGCCCAGGCUCGCAAGAAUAAUGCCUUACCUGUUGCCUCGCGUCCGCCUCCCGGUCCAAUGGCUUUUGGUGCCCAGCCCCCAAUGCCAGGAUUCCAGGGACCGUAUCAAGGACAAUUUGCUGGUGUUCUUGCUCAACCACCGCCACCGCCCGGGUUUACACCACAGCAGACAGUCAUGCCGCCGAUGGGCAUGCCGCCUAUGGCUCCUCCUAUGCCAAUGCCUAUUCCACCCCCUGGAAUGCCGGUGUAUGGAGGUUUCCCUCCCCCGCCUCCUCCAGGAUUCGCCUUUCCUCCCGGAGCUAUGCCACCCCAGCCGCCUCCACAACCGCAAUUCUAG